ACCCGCACUUAGCAGCUCGCUUUGCGUCAGUCUCCAGCCCCUGUCGCCGCCUUCGGGCACUUUCUCGCCAAACGUCUGCUGCGGGGAUUGGCCCGGCCCCGGGAAAGACCAAAGGGGACCCAGAGUGUCCCCACGGCGGCUGCAAGAGGAUCUAAGCAUGGAUGGCAGCCGGAGAGUCAGAGCAACCUCUGUCCUUCCCAGAUAUGGUCCACCCUGCCUAUUUAAAGGACACUUGAGCACCAAAAGUAAUGCUUUUUGCACUGACUCCUCCUCUCUCAGACUAAGUACCCUCCAACUGGUCAAGAAUCACAUGGCUGUUCACUAUAAUAAAAUCCUUUCAGCCAAAGCUGCAGUAGACUGCUCAGUUCCACUAAGCAUGAGUGCCAGCAUCAAAUAUGCAGACCAACAACGAAGAGAGAAACUCAAAAAGGAAUUAGCACGGUGUGAAAGGGAAUUGAAAUUAACUAAAACUGCAGUGCAAUCCAAUUCUAAAAGUAAUUCCAAGUCAUUACUUAACACUCUACAAAAGCCUCCAGGAGAACCACAAGAUGAAGAUGCUGUGUUAAUGGAAGAAGUGAACGGAUUUCCAUCCUUUAAAAGGUCACCAGUAACUUCUUCAGAGCGACUACACUUAAGUCCACCUAAAUCCGGUAAAGUCCUCACAAAUGGUACUGAGAAGAACUCCAGUUCCUUCCCGUCCAGCAUGGAUUACGCUGCCUCUGGGCCCCGGAAAUCAUCCUCUGGAACCUCCUACGGCAGAAGGCCCCGGGGCACAUCCCUGAAUUCCCAGCGGUUUCAGUUAGUUGUUUCAAAAGCACCCAGUGGGGACCUUUUGGAUAAACAUUCUGAACUCUUUUCCAACAGACAUUUGCCAUUCACCCCACGCACUUUAAAAACAGAAGCAAAAUCUUUCCUGUCACAGUAUCGAUAUUAUACACCUGCCAAAAGAAAAAAGGAUUUUACAGAUCAGCAGAUAGAAGCUGAAACGCAGACUGAAUUAAGCAGCUUUCAAUCUGAUUUUGAGACAGUUGAGAUUAAGAACUCCACAGAUUCAGAAAUGAACAUAAAGCAGGCAUCUAGCUGUAUGUCGUAUGGUACCAAAGGAAAAAUAACCCCUUUACCUUUACAAGGGCAUGAAUUACCAUGGGAUGAGGUUAAAGACGGUGCUCUUCAGUGUUCCUCAUCAAGGGCAGUAUGUCAAUGUUCCCUGCAGCCUUCUUCAGGGAGAAAAAUCUAUUCUGAUGAAGAAGAACUGUUGUAUCUGAGUUUCAUUGAAGAUGUAACAGAUGAAAUUUUGAAACUUGGUUUAUUUUCAAACAGGUUUCUAGAACGACUGUUUGAGAGACAUAUAAAACAAAAUAAACAUCAUUUGGAGGAGGGAAAAAUGCGCCACCUGCUACAUAUCCUAAAGGUGGACUUAGGCUGCAUGUCCAAGGAAAACUCAGUAAUGCUAGAUGAUGUUGGUAUGUUGCAUUUACUUGAUUUUGAAAAGGCUGAGAAUUCAGAACAAAAUGAAUAUAAAAAUGAACAAGAUUUAGCCAUUCAACAGGAACAUCAAGAAUACCAAAAAGCUUUGACUAUGUUAUUGUCUGUUCCAAAGGAUGAGAACAAGAUAGUCUCUUCACCAAAUGACUUUUUCCUGCCUGUCUAUAAAUCAAAGUAUUCAGAAGGGGUUAUAAUUCAACAGGUAAAUGAUGAAACAAAUCUUGGAACUUCAGUUAGGGAUGAAAAAAAUGUAAGUAUGUCAGACAGUUUACUAGACCAAGAAACUUCUGUGAAUGUCAUUGAAGGAGACAGUGACAAUGAAAAAGUUGAGACUUCAAAUGAAUUGUGUUGUUUUAGCACAGCACUCUCCCCAUCUGUUCAGUUAUGCAGUGUCAAAGAUGGUAAUCAGGACAUGGAAAGACCAACUCUUAAAAUCAUGGAAAUGAGCAUUGAGGACUGAUCUUUGGAUGCUUGAUCUUCAUUAAUAAAUAUCCCAAAUGGCCAAUACUUCAAUAUUCCUUUCACUUUUUUUUUACUUUUUUAUAUUAAGAUUUCUGUAUUUGUUUUCUAUGUUGUAUAAUAAAUUACUGUAAA